AUGCACGCACUAAGCAUCUGGAUCGAGACGGGCUGGAAGAUUCGCAAGUUCCGGCUCACCUUUGCGAACUCAUCCCGUUUCAUCGCGCAGUUCGUGUACCCGGCCGAUCUGUUCGUGCAGCUGCAGCCCUAUGCGGACCAAUUGGGCCUCGAUUGGGACAUGGACGAGCGCGAGCUGUGCGUACUGUGGAUGAAGGACCGCCUGCUACCCGAGGUCGGCGCCGAGGAGGGCGACGAAGAGCCAGACGAGUGGCAGCUUGUUGCUGGUCAGCAGGAGCUGGAUGAGCUCUGCAAGGACGACCUUAAAUGCACGUUGUGGUCCAUGGCGGCUCGUGAGUGGAACGACGUGCUCUUCGUCCGCGAUGUGACCCCGGAGAAGCUGAGCACCGAGAAGACGAUGUGGGAUGCCAUGGCUGGUAUAUCCAGUAUGGCUCUAAGAGAGUAA